GGCAUUUGAACGCCUUCAUAUCGCCGGUUACCCAUCUGUCAUGUUAGAUAUCGAAUAUUGCUCCCAUGAGCGUAAAGCGCCUGUUUGACAGCGCAGUGACUGUGAGGUGGGACAAUUACACAUGGCAAGGUUCGUGCACAACGCGGGCCAGACAUCCUCCGACGCGUCCAAGUCGAUCGUCAACCACGGAGGAGCAGAGAUUGCCACCCGCCUAGCGAGAGUCAUCGACCCAUCAUGCAGUACUGUCAAAAUACUCUGAUCGUCUCUCCGUACAAGGCGCAAGUGGCUUUAGCCGCGCAGAAAUGGGAAGAAACAUACCCAGGAAUGGAGACGAAGCCACGCAUUCGAGGAGGACAUCGUAAUCGUCAUGCUCACGAACAACAGCGUAUAUCCGGGCUUCCUGACCUCGUCAGGUCGCAUCAACAUCAUAACAUCCAGGGCAAAACACUGCGCCGAGGACAUCGAAAACUGGGACUGGGUAUCUGGACAGGUCAGCCCCUCAACUCCGGCAAGUGAUGAUGCAGUAUCGGGACACUAUUGAUAUGUUCGAUCCCAUUGGGCAGAGAGACUAGUCAUGUAUCUUAGUCAAAUACCAACUGCACCUGGACUUCUUACCCCAAAGGCAUUACUCACCUACUAUCACCCCUGCGCCUCAGUCACCAAGGAACUACCUUGAUACCCUCCAGCGUGGAAUCUCGAUAGGCCAGUCAAGUAGCAUUAUCAUUGAAACCCAUUAUAACUAGUCCGCCCCUAGACUAUCAACAGUUAUGAGGAUCCAAACAAGGAAUUGGUAAAUAUAGCGUUCUGUGGUUCCUUGAAGGCACUUACACUAAGAGAUCUCCUCAAAGGAGGAGGAAAAUGUCUGUCAUAUGAUCAGGCAGCCUGUCAGAAAAUCCAUCAGGAUUGUUCUCUGAGGUAGCACAUUCAUACGAAAGGAAUGGGAAUACAGACAGAAGAUUAAAUCAUCAGUCUCUCCGCCAGAGUCGAGCACCGUCAUGCGAAGACUAUCGCAACUUUCAAA